AUGGCUCAAUCUCAAUAUGACAUCACACAAAUGAAUAUUGUUGUGAAAGCCACUACUAAAACCACUAUAACCAAAACUGCCACAACUAAAACCACUACUACUGAGACUACUAUUGCCAAAACUACUACCACCACUACUACUAUAGCUGCUACUGUUACUGACAAAAGGGCUGCCACCGAAUGUACCACUGCUACUACUACUAUAGCUGCUACUACUACUACCAAAAUUGCUAUUUCUGAAUUUACUACCACUACUACUACUGUAGCAGCUACUGCCACUAUCAAAAUUACUAUCUCCGAAUCUACUACAAGCCAAAUUAUUGUUAGUAAAACCACUACUUCCCAAGCUUCUACUUCUGAAACUAUUACCCAAAUUGUUAAAUUCAAAGUUGUAAAAGAAUAUAUUUUAUGA